AUGGCCUUUGAGGUCGUCUAUCUGAGCGACCGCCCUGUCCUUAUCGAGAAGCUCAAUGUAGUGCUCUACCCCGGAACGCCGGAGUACGACGUUUUUGUACCCUACAUUGGCCGUUUUUACAACCUUCCGUUGGCCUGGUGGAUCAUCCCCUCCAUCGCACGAAGCGCGUUCCUGCGCACUCCUUUGGCCAUUUCCACAUGGGUGCGAGAUGCGCUGAACAAAGACACAGAACGCCAGAAGGAGGAAAUCCGCAGACUGAAUAAGGAUGUUAUCCACGGCGGUGAUAUGCGAUCCGAUGCCAUGGUAGUCACCGAGGGCUACAAGAAAAGCAGCACCGUAUGGCGAUCUUUCCGUACGCUAUAUGGCCUCACCCUGGACAAUGUGAAUGAUCUCGGUAUUGUCUACAAAUUCCCUUGA